AUGUCAUUUUCAUACAAGUCUCAGACCAACAUCACUGCUGAGCUGCAGCGUCAGACCAUCCUGGGGAUAGUGUUUUCUUCUGUUGUGUCCACAUUGCCAUGUUGUGUGUUUCUUUUCAUUAAUGGGACCAUGUUGUUCACUCUGAGGAGUAAAGCUAAGUUUCUGGAGACUUCUCGGUAUAUUCUUUUAUAUAAUCUUCUUUUCUCAGACACUGUACAGCUGGCACACAACCAGGUAAUGUUUCUAAUGUCCGGUAGUAGAGUAACAAUGCUGUAUCCUGUUUGUGCUGCUCUAACGGUUUUUAACCGUCUCUUACAUGGUGUUUCUGUUCUAACACUGGUGCUGAUGUGUCUGGAGAGAUACGUAGCUGUGUGUUAUCCACUGAGGCACGCUGCCAUCAUCACAAUAGGAAACACUGGAAUUGCUAUUGGCGUUGUUUGGACCUUCAGUUCAGUAAAUAUUGUCAUUCAACUAAGUUUAAUGCUAAAUUUUCCUUUUGAAGAACUGAAGCAAAUGCAAAUGAAAGACUUUUGUGGUAAAGAUAGUCUGUUUCUUGAUCCAUUGUUUGAGCUUUAUGACAAAGCAUCAACUUAUUUUAUUUUUGUUUUAGCAUGUUUGUCUGUCAGUUUUUCCUAUAUUGGUAUCAUCUUAGCAGCCAGAUCAGCCUCCACAGACAAAGCUUCAGCUAAGAAGGCUCAAAACACACUACUGCUGCAUCUGGUGCAGCUGGGCCUCACUAUGUCCUCAACUCUAUUCAAACCAUUACUCAUGGUUAUUUCUAAAAAUCUAGACAGGGUCAUAUCUGUGCGCAUCCAUGUUUUCAUCUAUAUUUGUAUCAUUAUCUUUCCCAAAUGUCUGAGCUCCUUUAUCUAUGGCCUCAGAGACCAGACCAUUAGACCUGUCCUCACAUUCAAUCUUAGUUGUCAGUGGAGAAGCUCAUCUUUGAAGUCAGCCAUCCAAACUAACACUAAAAUCGGAAUACUUAUCAUGUAA